GAUCUUGUUCACUCUGAACUUAUCAAAUGCUGACCCAUGCUGACCCUCCGCCAUGCAUUCUGCAGGAGUGUUGUAGGUGAAUUGACAAACAAGAAUGCUAAAGCUGCGUGGUUUGACGAGACCUCUCAAGAAGCGCUUGACGUUUUGCAACUGUGUUCGUCCAGCCUCAAAGCUGGAGCUGGAAAGAUUCACCAUGACAAGCUGCACUGCAUUGCAGACCAGAUCAUUCCAUGUUCCAAGUGCAUUGCAACGAAAUGGAGAAGGCAGGCAGCACUUGGCUCCCUAUAGGGGGCUGCUGGGCAGGGGUCUAUCAGAAUGGAAGCAAUCAACGGGUGAACUUGUCCAUUUAAGCAAUCCAACUUGGCAUCAGAAAGCAUUCCCCGAUUACAUUGCAGUGAAGCGAGGCUGGAGAUGGGCUCCAUGGUGCAAUGCAGCCAGGGUUUGUACGACGAAAGCAAGCUCAAUGCAAAGCAGUGCUGAGUUGACGAUGCUUGAGUAUGAUGCUGGAGUUGGUUUCCCUUUGGACAACCAAAAUGUUGCCAUGCUUCAACAAUCCAUGAUAGAGGGAAGCAUUGGCCCCGAAGUUCCUUUGAGGAUUUGCGAACUCCACAUGACGGAAGAUUUAGAAGAUUUUUUGUAUAUCGAAUUAGGAGAACCAGAGUGGGUGGGAAGAGUCUCUCUGACCCCGUGGACCGCUGUUGUCAAAUCUCUGAGCAAUUUCCCAGAGGCAGCUUUUGCGGAAGAUCCAGUCACCGGUCAUGACUUGCCGGUACUUCAUCUGCUCGAAUACACAUACGUCAGUGACGUUCUGGAAAAGAGGGGCCCAUAUAGAGAGGCGCACCUGAAACUGGCGGCAGAACGGUGCAUCAUCGGAGGGCCAAAAGGGGACCCCAUCGACGGCGCACUUCUCCUCUUUGGGACGAACGACAAGUCCGUUGUGGAGGACUUUGUUUCACAAGACCCAUAUGUUGCGGGCGGUUUAGUUACCUCGCACAGGAUCCGGCCCUGGCAGAUCGACUGCUGCAAUCUGGAUUACUUCAAAAAAUUGUUUGCAAAAACCAUCACACAGGAGCAGUCGACGGAAGUCGACCUUAUAGAAGUACGCUCGCGCAUCUCGAGCAUGUCGGGAUUCUCAAAAGUGGACGGGAAGCACAAGCAAAGGUGCUGGAGUUGGGAGGUGAAGAGCGUGAAUGGGCGCAGCUUGGACGUGCGCGCUCGCGUGCCCAGUGGCUACUCUUCCUUGGAACAAGCCGCCCUCGCCGCUGCCGCCGAAAGAUUCGCGCGCGGUUCCGUUUCUUGCUUUCUCGACAUCAAGAUGGACAAGGAGCAGCAAGACCGGCGGCUGGUCAUAGACGAGGACGCCAUGCUACAAGCACUUGAGGCGAUGAACCGACUUUUCCAACGCGAAGCACGCCAAUUACCGGGGGGGUUCAACUAUGGGCACCUUCUCCAAAUUCCGGGCGUCGUGCGAUGGGAAGAGCCUGAGGAGAGCGAGGAGGAGAAAGAAGACUUCGUGCAGAAGCUGACGGAAAGUCUUCACGACGCCCUGGACCAGUUGCUGGACAGCCGGGCCGCGGAGGGCGACCGGCUGCGGGCGGUUCUCAGCGGCCAGGUCGCCGAGCUGGAGGCCCUAGUGGAGCAAGCCGCCGUGACGGCGCAAGAACGGCUGCCCCACCUCAAAGAUCGGAUGCAGAAACAGGUGGGCGAGCUCCUGGAGACGUUCCGCGCGCUGGACCCCGGACGGCUGGAGCAGGAGGUGGCCCUGCUCACCACCAGGCUGGACGUCCGGGAAGAAGUUGACCGGUUGCGAUCGCACAUCGUGGCUGCCAAGGAGCUCUUGAGCGGACACCACAAGCAAGCGACAUCUCCGAAGAAAGGCAAAGACGAGGAAGGCUCCGACCGUCCCCUCAGCAUCGGCCGGCAGCUGGACUUUCUGUGUCAAGAGUUCACCCGAGAGUGCGCCACAAUAUGCUCCAAGAGCAACGACGUCCCAUUGACACAAAUUGCAAUGCAAAUGCGGGGCGUCUCGGAGCAGAUCAAAGAACAGGCUGCCAAUGUCCAGUGACCCUCCAUAUUGACGUAUUAGAGUUUCCAUAAAACAUUGCUCCUUAGGUUACAGCUUGUUGCAUUGUUCGAGGGGUUCAACAAAACUUCCGGCCGUUUCUUGAGAGAUCAAAACCUGAGACGGCGUUUUUUUGAGAGAUUUUGCCCUGAUUGUUACUUGUUAUGCGUCAAACUACUGUGCAUAUGGCCGCUUGUAGACGAGGUUUUUGACGGAACAAGGCCUCGUAGACGCAGCGAUUGUACAGAAACUGCAAUUUUGAAGAGAGAUACUCAGAUUCGCUUGUAGGAGUAGCUGGUGGGGCACGGGCCAGUCACUUGAGAUCAUCCAUGCGCCGGUGGGUUGGCAGUGAACAGUUGACUCUCAAGCUCAUUUUUUGAUCCGCGUGGCUUCCUUAAAUGUCCUUUCUUGGAUCGGUU